GCGGGAUCUUCUUGCAUCUGGAACAAGCGAGAAGCUGUAAUCAGAUCGCGCGUCCCUUUAUUUCCAUUUUUUUAAUCGUCUUCGUCAAAAUCUAAUUUCACCAAAUUCUCUUCCACCGAUCAAAUCCAUAUCAGGCGAUCAAGGUUUUAACCAGCAAGGAAGAAUUGAGAUUUGAGAAGAAGAAUUUAAUUAUUUGUUUACCCGGCUUGAUCAAUUGAAACUGCAGUUCAUGGCGCUAAACCCCCAAUUACUACCCAAUGGGAUGCCUAUUCCCUUUGUGAAUGAAAUGUUUGUUCUAGUCAGAGAUGGGGUUGAGUUCGAAGUCGACAAGAUUCCUGGAGGACAUGGAGGUCAUGUUAAGGCUAAGGGAGUGAUGUACUUGUCUAACAUACGGCUAGUCUUUGUUGCAAGCAAGCCUGUUGAGAACUUUGUUGCUUUUGACAUGCCCCUGCUUUACAUCCACGCCGAGAAAUUCAACCAGCCAAUAUUCCACUGCAACAAUAUAUCUGGACAAGUGGAGCCUGUGGUCCCAGAGAACGAGCAUAGAGCUCUAUAUUCAACACACAGUUUCAAGAUCCUGUUUAAAGAAGGUGGCUGCGGGACGUUUGUUCCUCUCUUCUUGAAUCUCAUAUCAUCAGUGAGACAAUACAAUCGACAAAUGCACCAAGCAGCAGAAGCAGCAGCGGCAGCAGCUCCACGUGUUGAUCCUCUUCAAGCUGCACAAACCCCGGUUGAUGAGAUGAUGAGACAUGCGUACGUGGAUCCGAAUGAUCCAACGAAGAUAUAUCUGCAGCAGCCAUCAGGAGGGGAAUCUCAGCUGAGGCGGCGAGCCUACCAUUCGAAUGCAGGGGAACAUUGAUGAUAUCAAAACAUGAGAGUGAUGGGUACAUAGACAGCAACAGAUUAGUGUUGCAAAUAAGCAAACGCGUUGUAUGGUGUGUUUAAAGUUAAAAAAAAAACUAAAACAACUUUGUGUAAUGAGAAAAGAUAAAGACUUGAUGUGGGUUUAUCUGUUAAACUUUGAUUCUCUAUAAGUAAAAGUUUGGUUUGGUUA